AUGGAGUUUAGAUCUCUGGAGAUAUGCAGUUUAAUUAAGAAACUUGAGCAACAAAUGCUGCUUGAUCCCAAUUGCUUCCUGGUGGCACCUACCGACGGUACCCAACAGCAACAUCCCCGUCCAGUCCUUUGUAGCCAUGGAAGAGGGAAGAGAAAGGGCAAAGGGGAGGAGAAGGGGAAAGAGAGGAGAGGGGUGGCGAGAGGUGGCAUUGGAGGAGGUGCUGGUGGAAGAAAAGGUGGUAGUGCAGGAGGUGGGGCUGGUGGUGGAGCAGGCGGGAAAGUAGGAGGAAUGACUGGUGGAGGCAUUGGCGGUGGUGUCGGAGGUGGAGGCGUGGAAGGAGAGGCUGGAGAAGGCCUUGGCGGAGGUUUGGAGGUGGGGCCGGUGGCGGAGUAG